UCCUCUCCGCAUAUUCUACACGUAUAUUUCUCCUUUCUUCGCAGAUUUGGUAAUAAGGCGAGCUCUUGCAUGGGAUUAUAGCCAUAAAGAAGUUUGUAGCUGUUUGGAGAGAUAUUUUAUUCGACUGAGAAAUACAGCAACGGUUCAGGAUAGAGACUGAGACUAGCGUGUUUCUGUAAAAAUGACGUCCCGUAUUGCUGCUGUUAAAACAGAUCAAAGGAAGGUAUACACUGAUUGGGCCAACAACAGGCUCAAGAAGGCAGGACUAACUGACGUUCAAGUCAACGACCUCCACAAAGAUAUCCCUGACGGGUUCAUCUUACCUAAAAUAAUACAAGCAGUUGUCCAUGAAGAUGUUCCUGGCAUAUUGAGUUCGCCUGAUAACGAUAGCGAGAGAAAACAGAAUAUUGAAGCAAGUGUUAUGUACUUGCAAAGGAUAGGCAUUAAUUGCAAUGGAUUUUCAGCAAAGGAUAUAAGUGAGGGAAGCAUGAGAGCUAUAUUACAAUUAUUCUUUAGCUUGUCACAAUUUAAACCAAAAGCAUCAGAAGAGGCUCAACCCUCUCCUUCCUCCUCAAGAUUGAGACCAGUCUCUCCAAGCCUUCGUAUGAUGCACUCUGUCCGUCCAUCAGAUGGUAGUGGUUCCAAAUUAAAGAGCCCUCAUUUAAUAAGCACCAGUAUGUCUUCAAGUCCAUCAAACAGUAAUUCUUCUAGUGUCAAUACAAGCCCUGUCAGCACUCCUGUGGCCACUGCCCCACCUGCUAGCAUACCCUCAUUCCCUCCACCUACCACAACCUCCUCUGCUGCUAAUAAUAAUAAUAGUAGCAAACAGCAGCAGUUGGGUCCCAGGCGUCAUGCCGGUAGUAUCAUACCCACCAGUUUAGACCCAAUGGCUCAGUCUAGGAGGAUACCUUACAAGGCAGUUACUGUAUCGCCUUCGUCCGGAGGAGGAGGAGGGACGGAUCAAAGACAGAGGAGUAACAGUGAGGUUAUUCCGCCCACCGAGACUCCUUCUAGCAGCAUAGCUAAACCAACGAGUUUACAGCCCCCCAAGGGGGCGGAGGGAAGUCGAUUGAAGUCCCCAGGGGGCCCUUCAUCUCUAUCUCUAAAGUCGCCCACAGGAACAACAAGUCUUACGAGUAGCUCUGAGUCUAUCGAUGAUAUAAAACUCUCCUCAUCUUCUUCUUCUGUUGCUUCAGCGGCGAAAUUAGGUCGUUCAAAUAGUUCAAUAACUGAGUCAACAUCUCCUGGCCUUAGGAAGAAGCUAUCGAUGCCUUCCGGUCGCUCCACCCCCACAGAGAGGUCCGGACUGGCCAGACCAACGAGACUACAGAAACUUACGAAAACCGAAGAAAGUAAACUAGUUUUAUCGACUAACGACGGGAUCAAGAGAUCAAAUACAGCGGAUCAUGCGCCUGUAUCAAUAUCAGUGCCUGGAUCAGGGAUCAGUCGGAGUUUAACGUCGUCAAAGGAAUCAUCACCCGCUCCGAUUGAAAGUACUGGAGGAGGAGAAAAGGGAGGAGAGAAAGUGAGUGGUUUGUCUAAACUGACACGCCCAGCGGUCACUGGAGAUAAUAAAGGUACGGGUGAAGAAGGGCAUCAAUUAGAAAAAUCAAACUCUGGUUCUAAACUCACUAAGUUAACACAAUUACCAUCAAAACUUAAGUCACCUGUAGGCCAUGCCCCUACCAAGGAAGGAGAGGAGAGUGUUGAAAGUAGUUCUGGAAAUCCCGGAGUGGGCGGAGCUAGGAAUGCACUGGUGGGUGGGGCUGGAGGUGCUAGUAAACUGUCUUUAUUGACUAGGAAACCACUCGGAAUUCAAAAACCCUCACAACUUCGUAAAGCAGCUUCGCUAACGAGUAACAUUGAGGAUACUAGGAGCGAUGAGUCAGCAAAACAAGAGAAUAAGUUACCAGCGGAACCAACACUGAAUGAAGAAACCACACCCACCCACAAAGUAACCACACCUACUCACGAGGAAACCACACCCACUCACCAAGAAGCCACGCCUACUCAUCAACAUACGUCACCGAUAAAAGAACAAUCUCCGAAGCAGACGUCAAGUCAGCAGACCACGCCCACAAAAGCAACAAAGACACACCCAUCACUUGACUUACAAGCCCAACCUACCGAAGCCACGCCCCCUAAGAUUGAUCAGCGUAGCAGCAACAGCUCAAUAGGCUCGGCUACCAGUGACACUAGUAGCACUGGGAUGGCUGGAGGGACAGAGACACCAUCACCUUUUGAAAGGAAGUACGUUCGUAGAACCAGCCCAGAGGGCAUGUCUGUUGAUGAAACCCUCAGCCCUUCUGACAGCGGAGGACUCGACGAGGGAAAGGGGCGGAGUUUCUCAUCUCCAAAUAAGGAGAACGUAUCUCAAGUCCAGCCUAAUAUGUUACCUAGUGCCGAGUCCACUCAGAUACUCCAGAGAGCUCACUCUCUAAGUCCCAAGGCGUCUCGACGUAUAUUUAAUAACUCGUCUUCUCCAAGUCAUUUGAUCUCUAACCAAUCAGCUGUCAGCGGCGAGGUUGCCAAGCAACCCAAGAGGAGCAUUCUUUCUAGAAAGCAAGGCGAUAACUCCGCCCUUUCUGCCGAUAAGCAUGUCAGACCUGUCGGUCACUCGUCUUCGACUGAAAGUUUUUCGUCUUCUGAAGUAUCGCUGGGUCAAGUGACCUCUGGAGAGUCUUUAACGAGGCUACCUUCUCAAGCUCCGCCCCCUUCAGUAAUGAUUGGGGAGAGGAGAAUAAGCAAUACUGAUAGGCCACGAUCUUUAGAAGACAUUGAGAAACAUAGUUUUAACACAGGUAGCUAUCCAGGAGACCUCCAGUCAGUAUCCAGUGGGGCAUUAAUUAGAAGAGGUUCUACCAGAAGCGAUAGACUGGAUUAUAGCGACGUUGAGUCUUUCCUUGAAACUGGACUCCAAGACAGGAAUGAAAGCUCCACCCCCGAAUUAUUGGAGACUUAUGAAAACCAGUUGAGUCAAUUAAAGAAAGAUCUGGAAAGUAAAUCAAAGAUGCUCUCAAUGUACGAGACCAGUAUGACCGACCUCUCCACUAAAGUAACCACCUUGAAAAGAUCGCUAGAGGAAAAGGUACAAUACCAAUAUCAAUUUAAUACUAAUAUCAUCAAAUCUCUCCCUCUC